UUAAAGGUCCGUGAGCACAAGGUUGUAUUUAGUUAAAUAUGCAUUGGAAUCAAAUUUAUUGCUCAUUCAUCUCUGUGUAAACAGAGUAGCCUAUUCCCUCUGUUGAUCAUGGUUGAAAUUUGUUGGUAUAAAAGUCGGGUAUAUGCACAGGAUCCAUAACGGCACACAAAAUGAGGUUUGGUGUAAAUGUACUUUGUGGGGUACUAUUUUUCAGUAUUGCAGUUUUGACAAGUUCUUAUCCAUUAGAUGAAAAUGUUGACAGGCGUAUACAGUCUCUUCUCGAUGCGUUAGUACAGAGAAAGAAUGCACAUGUGCAGGUUGCAAAAGAAGUACUAUUACCAGGCAAGGUUGCAGUUAGAACCGAAGGGAAGAGGGGAAAAGAUAUUUUUCAAAAUGAGACAAUUGAUCCAGAUUCAGAGAACAUGCCACUUCUUAGCAGUUUCCAAGUCAUAAAGCAUAAUAAAAAAUAUAAGCCAAAUAAUUUGCAUCCUGAAAAUAGCACGACUUUUUUGGCCAGACAAGCUGAAAUCCUUCGAAUGACCCACGGGCAAAAAGUGGAACGUGGAUUGGAGGCAGAAGAGUCAGGAGAUGAACGUGGUAUAUCAAAGAAAAGCCUAACAACGUUGAAUCAGUUGUGGCCAAAGAAAAUAGUACCAUAUAAAAUAGAAGACACACUUGUAAUGCCUGAAGGUAAAGAACUCUUAGAUAAAGGCAUAGCAAUGUUCAACAGACUUACCUGCGUACAAUGGUUACCGCAUACCCAAUCUCUUGAAGAUUUUGUUGGACACAAGACUUAUGUUGCUGUAAUGAGUGACAAUGAAUGGUGCUGGGCAUCCGAUUUAGGUAGAACUACACAAGAAAAGCAGAAACUUAGUAUGUCUGGUGAAUGUUUAGAGUUCUCAACAAUACUACAUGAGAUGUUUCAUGUAAUGGGGGCGGAGCAUGAACAGUGUAGAUCAGAUAGAGAUUAUCAUGUCAAAGUCACGACUGGAGCUGACAAAGCUAACUUUGGAAAGUGGCCUACGCGAAAUUCAAAUCCAUAUGAUUAUGAAUCCAUCAUGCAUUAUCCAGAGUCGGGUCCUUUGACUGUCUUAAAUGAAGAACUUGCAUUUCUAACACACAGCAACGAUAAACUAUCAUUCUACGAUAUUGCUGAUAUAACAGAUACGUAUAAAUGUGCAGAAGAUUGUGUUAAUCCUCCAGAAUGUAUCAACGGUGGAUUUGUUUACUCUGAAUGCGAAUGUUACUGUCCCUAUGGAUUGACUGGUCAAUUUUGUGAGCAGGUUACAAGUGAUGAUUGUGGUGGAAUAAUCGAUCUGACUCCAGGGAAUGAUUACACCAUAACAAGUCCAAAUUUUCCAAAUAAUUAUGACGCUGGUAAACAAUGUGUUUGGCUGUUAAGGGCUCCAGAAGAUUAUCGUGUCAGAGUUGAUGUAGAUUUCCUCCAUUUACCGUAUAACGAUGAUCUUAAAAUAUGCUACCAUUGGUUGCAAGUCCGAUAUAAUUUAGUCGGUCAAACUGGAAUUAGAAAAUGCGGUGAUUCAACCGGGGAUACUUGGGUAACAACACCUUGGGGAGAGAAGAACUUGAUGCUACUUAUAUUUGAUAGCGUGGUUGGUCAAGGACAUUCUCCAGAAAAGGGAUUUUCUUUAAGGGCAAGAACUGUCAAGGACGGAUGUUCAGCAGACCCAUGUAUAUAUGGUACAUGUGGGGACUGUGAUGAUGGCUCAUUUAAAUGUAAAUGUUUUCCUGGAUUCGAAGGCCAACAUUGUGAAUUCGUUGAUGUUUCAACACCAUUAGAAUGUACAUUUGAAAAACAUUACAAAUGUUUUAUGAAGAAUGUUGAUAAUGAUGACUUUGAUUGGAGCGAAAAGAUGGGUCCAACUGUAACCAAACUUACUGGUCCAGACAAGGCAAUUAGUGGUGACUUAUAUUUGUAUGCCGAGUCUUCAAGCCCAAGGCAGCCAGGAGACAAAGCUAUUUUUGAAUCAGAUGUUACAUUUCCAGCUGAAGAUCGUUGCUUGGAGUUUUAUUUCAACAUGUUUGGUUCUGGUAUGGGAACAUUAACUGUAAAGUCAUUGGAGAAUGUAUUGUGGACGAAGACUGGAAACCAAGGAUUCGGUUGGCAUAAAGCCACAAUACAUAUACCUAGUACAGAUAAUCUCAAGCUAAGGAUUGAGGCAACCCGUGGCAGUGACUAUGAAAGUGACAUUGCUAUUGAUGAUAUCAAGCUUUCACCAGGAAUGUGCGAAACUCCGCCAAAAUCUGAUUGCUUAUCUUCACCAAAGGGUACCGAUUACAAAGGCAUGGUUAGUGUUACCACUAACGGAAAAACUUGCCAGAGGUGGGAUUCAAACUCACCGUGGUCACACGAGUAUCACGUGUAUGAUGAAUACGAAAAUUAUUGUCGCAAUGACCUACAUGAUUCGGAUGCACCUUGGUGUUACACCACUGAUGCUCAAGUUACAUGGGAAUUAUGUGAUAUACCUCAUUGUCAUAUUGAAGAAUGUGUUCGAUCAAUGAAUGGAUAUGACUACUUAGGCACUAAAGACACAACUGUACGUGGUUAUACGUGUGAACCUAACAAAGAUGGAGUAAGGGCAUGUAGAGGGUCAUUCGAUUACGAUUUUCCAUGGUGUUUUAUUGAUCAGAAUGGAAAUUGGGAUUCUUGUGAUAUACCACAAUGCACUACACCUUCAGCAGAAUGUUUACAAACACCAAAAGGAAUAGACUAUUUCGGAAGUACUGCUGUCACAGACACAGGCAGGACAUGUCAAAGAUGGGAUAAACAAGAACCACAUCAACAUAAAUUUUGGGCUUUGGUAGAUCAGGAAAAUUAUUGUCGCAAUCCAGAUGGGGAUAGUCGGCCUUGGUGUUUUACUACGGAUCCAGAUAGGGAAUUUGAAUACUGUAAAAUUGCAUACUGUGAUGAACUAGCGUGUUCCAGCAAUCCUUGUGAACACGGUGGAACAUGUACAGACACAGAAGAUGGUGGAUUCAAUUGUCAGUGUCGAUCUGGAUACAUAGGGGCAAACUGUGAAUCACGAUCAGCAGAUGAUGACUGUAAAAGAUCGAAGAUUGGUUAUGAAUACAACGGAAAAAUUCAUGAAACCAAAAACAAGUUUACUUGUCAAGAAUGGGCCAAAGAUGAUCCACAUUCACAUCGAUUUAAUAACUUACCUGAAAAUUAUUGCCGAAACCCAGACCAAGAUGUCGAGCCAUGGUGUUUCACCACAGACCCAAAUAAAGUAUUUGAUUUCUGCGAUAUACCUUUCUGCACUACUCCCGCCAAAGAAUGUCUUGAAACAGAUAAUGGGAUUUCUUAUUUCGGAACUAUGAAGCACACAAAAGAUGGCACAGCAUGUCAGAAUUGGAGUGCUCAGACACCUCACAGCCACAAAUAUGUUUAUUUAGAGGAUCAAGGAAAUAACUGUAGAAAUCCCGAUCAAGAUGAAAACGGUCCAUGGUGUUAUACCACUGAUCCCGAUAUUCAAUGGCAAUCAUGUGACAUUCCACAUUGCUGAUUGUAGAUGUUCUAUUUUCAAAAAAUAUAUCUCCAUUUAUAACCAACAACCCUUUCCCUUUUGAAACAAUUUUAAAAUAAAACAGAAUUCGUCCGCUAUGGCUGUUCGUGUAUCUUUAUAUAGGCUUACAAGAUAUUUACGAACCAUUAUUGGUGUACACGUUAACUGCCUGAUGAUGUGAAUAAAUGGACACUAUUCUGUUCACACUUAUGCAAAUUAACUGAUCAGAGGAAAUAAAUGAAAUAGCUUUCUUCAAUAUGCUCAUAGUAUCGGAGUGGGUACCAUUUGUGAGUCCACCUGAAUAUCUAGUUAAUAUCACUUUAAAUGGCUACCUUUUGUAUCAAAUGUUUAUUUACUGAAUAUGUAUAGUACAAUGUGUAUUUACAUGUAGUUGUUCUAGCACACAUUGAGGAUAUUAUUCUGCAAUCAAAUUUAUUUAUUUAUUUUGUAAUAUUAACAUUAAUAUUUAUUUGAUGUGUAUAAUAUAUUACUGUAUCGCAUAAUAAACAAUAUUUUUUUAUUGAAAUAAUGAGUUAUUAACAUUCUCAGUCGCUUUCAAGUUUUCAAGUCAGAGCAAUUUAAAGAGGUCAAUUCAAUAUAAUAAUCGGUGCAAAAUUGGGAAGAAAAAAAACUGUUUUUGUCUUCCAUACAGGACAAAAUCAAUUUUUAGAGCAUAAAAUAACAAAUUAAAAACGUCAUUUUCUGUUAAAAUUGGUGGCUAUUUCGGUCCUUAUGGGAAUUCGCCUUUGAAAGACAAUUUCAACCCAAUGUCUUGGGGUUAUUAUGGAAACAAACAUAAAGUGAAACGAUACACAUUGUAGGCAGGACAAGAUCUACAACAAAGUCAUAAUCCCAAUCUCUCUUCAAUUGACUUAUUAUAUGAGUGUAAUUCCCUGAAAAACUAUUUUAUCCAUAUUAAUUUGGAUAGUGGGGGGAACAGAAAAAAUAUCCAAAUUAACUGCAGGACUACAUCUA